AGAUUAAGGACAGGAGACAAUCAGUCCCAAAGCAAGUCACCACCUAAUACCGAAGACGUCUCUGAGCCGACAAGUGGACGCAGCAGAGGACAUCAUCUCACCAGCGCAGGCAAAUGUAUCUCUAAAACACAGUGGAGCUUUGGAGGGGGGAACACAUCAAAAGAGGGCAAGAUGGCCCAGGAUAUGACUGAGAAAGAGCUCUUAAAGAUGGAAUUAGACCAGCUGAAAAAGGAAGUGAAGCUUGAAAGACAAAUGGUCUCCAAGACAGCAAAAGAACUCAAGGAUUUUAUAGAAUCCAUGGCUGCAGAAGACCCUCUCUUAAAAGGUGUUCCAGAAGACAAAAACCCAUUCAAGGAGAAGGGAGGCUGUAUAAUAACCUGACCCCGGCCCCGCCGAAAGAAGAUCAUUGUUGUGUCCUUGUACGAGAAAUACCAGGACUGUAAGAAUCUGUCUAGCGUAACUGAGCAUGAAUGAUCUUCUGCCGGGGGG